ACCAGACGUACUAAUUUAUGCAGAGUGUGCGCACCAUGAUGGACGAGCUGGACGUCGUUGAGGACGGACACAGAGCUUCCAGGCAGCAGGUCGCUUGCUUCCAGCCCGGUUCUACUGGCCCAAUCACUCACCUGCUGGAUGGACACGUCGAGUGGGACAGGAGAGCCCAGUCGGCCUGUCCAUCAUUGGGGGCGAGCAGAGAAAGCGAGCAGUGCGUUGUCAUCCUGCACGCCAAAGUUGCCCAAAAGUCCUACGGCAACGAAAAGAGGUUCUUCUGCCCGCCUCCAUGUGUUUACAUCAGCGGCCACGCUUGGAGGCUCAUGCAGGACUGCCUGACAGCAGGGAGCGGCGGCCUGUGCGGCUACAUGUGUGUGGACACCUCCGCUCAGACCCACGGCGACGCCUUCAAACUCACCUUUGACCUGCUGACCGACAGGAGGAUGUUCGCCUGCGCCAAGUCGCUGUUCAUCUCGGACCAGGACAAGAGGAAGCACUUUCGCCUGCUGCUGCAGAUCUUCAUGGCCAGCAGACAGGAAGUGGGCUCCUUCCACAGCCGCCUGAUCAAAGUCAUCUCCAAACCGUCCCAGAAGAGACAGUCCAUGAAGAACGCAGACUUGUGUAUCUCAGCCUGCUCGCGAGUGGCUUUGUUCAACCGCCUUCGCUCACAGACAGUCAGCACGCGAUACCUUGCCGUGGAGGGCGGAGCCUUCAUCGCCAGCGCCAGACAGUGGACGGCCUUCACCAUCACACUGGUGGAGGAGCCCCGUUCUGACCGAGGCCACUUUGCGCUGAGUGAAGGAUUCGUCUGUUACGGUUCUGUGGUCCAACUUGUGUGCACCGAGUCUGGAAUCACUCUGCCCCCAAUGGUGAUCCGGAAGGUCAACAAGCAGCACGCCAUCCUGGAGGUGGACGAGCCCGUGUCUCAGCUGCACAAGUGCGCCUUCGAGUUCAGAGACAAGCCUCAAGCCUACUUGUGUUUGUCCAACGACGCCAUUGUGGUGCAUCAGGCCACCUCCGGUGUCAGAGACCCCAACAGGGUGGUCCUGAAUGACGGUGCCUGUUGGACCAUCAUCGGAGUAGAAGUGGUGGACUUCACCUUCAACCAGGAGGCAGCCAGUGUUCAGACCCCCGUCAGUCCUUUCCCGGUGGUGAGCAGCCUGGAAAUCAACGGUGGAGGUCAUGUCGCCAUGUUGGAACUCGUCGGAGAAAACUUCGGCCCUCACCUCAAAGUGUGCUUUGGAAACAUUGAGGCCGAGACCAUGUUCAAAUGUCCCAAGUCUCUGCUGUGCGUGGUUCCAGACAUCUCAGCCUUCAGCGUGGGCUGGCAGCGACGGUGCAGCAUGCUCACCGUGCCCGUGUCCCUCCUCCGCGUGGACGGCGUCCUCUAUCGCACGUCCUUCACCUUCACGUACACGCCCGAGCUCCAAGCGCCCCCAGCUGCGCUCAGGACGGCCGGCAUCACGAGGGACCGCGUGGGCGAGGCGGAGCAGGAGGAGGACGUCCUGCUGGAGAGCAUCCAUCAAGAGUUCACCAGAGCCAACUUUCACCUCUUCAUGCAGACGUAGAUGUCCUUAGUCCCACCACGUCACACAACUCCUUUUGACCACAGGGGGCAAUAUGAAUGACAAAUCCUCUUUUCUGCCAUGAACAUCAUCAAUGUCCUACUGUCCUGACGAUGCACACUAAUACCCAAUAUCCCUCCAUCUUACUAAGGCGCACCCCCUAAUAUACGUGGCCAACAGAGCGCCGCGUGUCUGACUUCCUGACUGGCGGCUGCAGCUCCUCGUCCUCAUUGGCAGGACAAACAUGGAGGAGACACAGACUCCCAAUCUUGGUCAUGGGGGAGAAACGUGAUCGCCGGUUCCAUGAAAGAGUCCAUUCUAAACCUUCUCCACCAACACACCUCCAUCCUCCAUCAGUCCCCCCCCCCACACACACACACACUACUCCAGCUCCCCUUUUUCUCCUCCUAUUCCUCUUCCUAAAAAAAUGUUUUGCAAGAAUAUCGAAGGUCAUGUCUAAUUAUGAAAGAAUCUUCAGAGAAAAGACCCUUGAUGCUCUUCACACGAGCUUCAUGCAUUUCCUCAGCAGGGGGCAGUA